AUGGCUAUUCCUGUCUACCGACUAGCCAUCUGGCCCUUGCAACCGCCCCGACAAGCAUCUCUGAGGCCUCGUAGGGUACUGUACGGAGUACUGCUCGUCACAUUGGAUGGACUACUGCUUGAGGAGUACACUUACUAUCAACCUGGCGAAGAUCGCUUGUAUCAGGAGAUGCGCCAGAAAUCCACCCGGGAUGCAUUCUUUUGCCUGAGAAAUGAGCCGCAGCUAAAGCGUCCAGCCUCUGUGGCGACCGAAUUUAUGGACACGGAUUGGGAUGAAGAAAUCACCAGCGAGGCCGAAGAAAAUUCUCCACGUGUCAGUCUACAGUCGUCUGGCCAGCCAAGUUUUACAACAAUAUCAUCAUACGAUGAGGCACCGACACCGCGGUCGAGCAGAGGCCGAGAGACAUACCCAGAAAACAUCCUCAAACCCGUAGAAGGGCCUCGCGGGCCGCACCUGUUUCGAAGCUCAACAGACCCAUCCCUAAUUGAUGACGAUUUCAUCUUGACGCUCUCACCCAUCACUCCUAAAGCUACGCACAGAGGCAUUGGCGACCUGCUGGACAGGCCACAGAUUCCGCAGAAGAGCAGUCUCUUCCAGUAUACUGAUGUAGAGCUCGAUUCUUUGUCCCUUGCGUCAUGGACCCCGGAGAUGGUUGCCCAGUCGAUGCUCAAUGCAGGCAUUGAGCUCUCUAUGGCCGACCGCUUUAUCGAAAACGACAUCAAUGGCGCCAUUUUGAUCACCUUGAAAUUUGAGGACUUGAGGGAGCUUGAUAUUCAGUCUUUUGGCAUCCGCACCAAGGUUUGGCAUCAGAUCCAAACACUUCGAGACAGUCGGCCCUCUUCUCCUCGGCCACCAACUCCGAUAGAAGAUGCGCCAAGUCGAGAGGCACGUAGGGAAACAAGAAGGAAGGGGGAGAAUGAGAUGAAGAGACGGCCGAGCAGCAAACGCCGGCCACCCCGCAGGCCUUCCGCCGAGGAAGAUCCUAUUCAUCCCAUGGAAUCGGUGUCUAUCAUCGGUAUUGAACAAGUCAUACCAAAGCCUCACAGUUGCUCAAAGGGAGAGAACUGUUCCAAGUGGAAGAAACAACAGAAGCUCAUUGCAAAUUUCAAGAAGGUUCACCCGUCAGCCGACAUCGGUUCUGGGGGGGCCGUCAUGAUAUAUGGAGAUGCAGGCAAUCCCGAGACAGCCCGGGCCAUCGAUCCAAACGAGCCUCUACGGCCGAUGUCAGAUGCCGUGCCAUCUGUCGUGGCGUCUUCAGAUGUCAUGGGCCCUGGAGGUUUGCCUCCUUUGCAAUAUCUCCAGGAGGCUACUCUACGCAGCAUCCAGGCUCGAGAUCCACAGGACAACGUUCGCCAGUUCUUGAACUUCCAACAAACCAGUAACUCUGAUCAAGUACCGCCGACGCCGCCAUUCGAGAUUACGACAUCCGCCAAAGUGGCUCAUCAGGGCUUGCGUCGACUACCAAAGCUCGCUAUACCAGGCCAAACUCAACCACAUCGAGCAACUCCGUUGAGGGCAUCCACAGUCCCUCAACCUACCGAAUCUCAGCAGCAACAGCCAACAUCAAGGAAACCAGUGCAGCAAUCGCAACGACAACCAGCAGAAUUUGUUCCAUACCGCAUGGACAAGGCUGAUCCCCUGUCCCCAGAUUUGGAGACCCCACGAAAUCCAUACAGAUUCGGAACCCCAUUCUCCGAGUUGGACGUCCCUGUCACAGCAGUACCUGUCGGACCAGUGGCACGCGACGUGUCACAGUCUGUUCCGCCGGAUAUGAACUAUCGCGCAUCACCUGCUCCUCGAUCCCAGUCAAGAGCAUCCACACGACGCCCAUCGUUCCCAGUUUUGCCAGCUGUCAAUGAGCAUGGCGUGGCAGGGCAGAGGUCUAAAACGCCUUCACCAAAAAGUACUUCACCUACACACAAUGUCCAGCAACAGCAUCAGCAGCCGCUUCAAGCGCCUCCUCGCUUCAACUAUCCCUGGUCUCCGGUUGACCGUACCCAGUUGGAAUACGCUAUUCCUCCUCUUCCGACCUUCCGCCCGGGAGCUUCCCAUGAGGCACCAGCCACCGCCAAUGGCAUUACACACCAGGGCCCGAUGAAGAAGCGCAAGACCCGCCUGCUUCGAAACGAAUGGCAAGAUGGCUACUUUACUCUCAAAGGGAGCAGACUGAAUAUGCACAAGGAUGCUCAAGAGAUUGACAGAACUCUUGAAUACAUCGACAUUGACGACUACGCAAUUGCAUGCUCCAGCCUUGCAUCCACUUCCAAGCUCAAUGCCGCCUUUAAAGCAGUCCGUAUCUCGCACAACCGCGAAAAGAGCGAUCCUGUGGGAGCCUUCAGCUUUCAGCUUAUUCCUCAGGACAAAAACGCCGGCAAUCGCCUGCGUAAGAGGGAGAGCUCUUUGAGCGGGAUCAGCGGCAACGGCGUUCCAUCUGAAGGCGUGAACGGAACAGGAAAGACUCACCAUUUUGCUGUCAAGAGUCGUGAUGACCGCAUCGAUUGGAUGCGGGAGUUGAUGCUCGCCAAAGCUAUGAAGCAAAAGGGUGAGGGAUUCGAAAUAAGUGUCAACGGAAACAUGAUUUGA